CCACCAUUUUUUUGCUAAUCGCGGCUUUUGCGAUAGUAAUUUCAAAUUGAAAUAAUUCCUAAUAUUAUAAAUACAUUUGGUUACGUUUAAAGUGAAAAGGCUCCCGAAGAGCUAAUAUCAAAAUGGCUGGCUUCGAAAUAAAGACAUGUAACAGUAAAAAGGGUAAAGCGAUGUUUUCUACAAAGAAUUACGAACCAGGUGAUAUAAUUCUGGAGGAGGAUCCUUUGGUAUCAUGCCAGUUCGCGUGGAACGCUGCAUAUAAAUACAUAGCAUGUGAUCAUUGUAUGAGGCCCUUAGAAACCCCCGAGCAAAAUGUGAGGCGUCUCUCAGCCAACCCAGAUAUGGUGCUCCCACAUCCAGAUUGCUACGACAUGUGUCUCGACAACAUCACAAGUUGCGACCAGUGCGGAGCCUAUUACUGCUCGGAGAGCUGCCGGCAGCAGGCAUAUGCGAAGUACCACAGGACAAUAUGCUAUGACCCGAAUGAUUUGCAGCAUCCUAUUGUUGUGCUGUUGGAGGCUUGGAAGCCCCUCCACUACCCACCAGAAACAACCAGUAUCAUGCUCCUAGUCCGAAUACUAGCCUACAUCCAGCAGAGCUCAGACCCGAGUUUGGCCGUCGCCACGAUCAAGCAGUUCUGCCACCGCACAAUGAAUGAAGAUGAGGAGAUCAUGCACAAGUUACUUGGAGACCAGUUUGUGGAUCAGCUUAAUAUGUUGAGGGAGCUUACGGCUAAUGUUGUUAACGGGGAUGCUGUGCAAGAGUUUCUCACUCCUGACGGCUUCUGCAGCUUAAUGGCGCUUGUGGGGACAAACGGGCAAGGCAUCGGCACCAGCCCCUUAGCCAUGUGGGUCAACUCGGUGGUGGAACUGACCCUCUCCGACGACGAGAGGAGGCAGCUCGACCUGUUCCUCACCAGGAUGUAUGAUAAAGUGCAGGAAGAAUCCGGCUCCUUCCUAAACACCGAAGGCUCCGGACUCUUCAAGCUGCAAAGCGCCUGCAACCACAACUGCGCGCCCAACGCCGAGUCCACGUUCCCGUACGGCAACCAUCGGCUACAACUUAAAGCUAUCAAACCCAUACGCCCUGGGGAAGAGAUCUGUAUCAGCUACUUGGACGAGUGCUUCUUGCAGAGGUCUAGGCAUUCUAGACAGAAAGAGCUCGCCCAAAACUACCUAUUUGUGUGCGACUGCCACCGCUGCCUCUCCGAGUCCUCCCAACCAGAGUGCACCAGCGAGGAGGACAUGUCCGAAGAGGACGCGGACGACUGAUGCUCUAAUUUGCUGGCCUUCUGCUUGCUUGGCCUGUAAUGGACCCUGUGUGCAGUGUUUAAGGUGCAAUUUUCAGUGGAAGUUGACCGGCUGAUAAAGUGUAUAGUGAAUAAAAUUGUGUACCAAGCAAAAAGUGACUUUACUGUGCAGAAAUUAAGAUCCAGUUUAGUAAGUAAGACAGACGCGAAUGACUGAUGCUACAAUCUGCUAGAUUUCGGCCUAAAGUAAAAUUGUAAAAUUAAACGGUCAUUGCACGCGAAUACGUAGUGUGCUCUCUGUCACACCUACACGCCGUAGACAAGUGUGCCAGAGAGAAUGCUACGUAUUCGCAUGUAGCGAGUCUUUAAUUUUAGUAUACUAGUACUUAAGGUGCAAUUAUGCAUGGACAGAGCCGUCUUUAAGCAAGUUCACAGAAAAAUAUACUCUAUUGUACAGACGUUAAGGUUCAGUUUUAAAUGUAAGGACAACGAAUAUGAAAGUAAAGGGGAAAUGCUGUGUAACAUUUUUCUUUUUGCUGUUACUAAUUAAGAAGAUACCUACCAAUAGGACCAAACUGUAUUUCUUAUUUUGUGGUAGUUAUAUACUAUUCUAUGUUAUAUAUACAUGGGUAAUCUCAUAUUUAGCGUUUUUGUGUCAGUGUAGUAACUUAUAGUAGAAUAACUUAAAAAAAUAUAUUUUCUUGUUCUGCUCUCAUUUAUUUAAUAUAUUAUUGUGAACAUAUAAAAAUAAAACUUCACUAUUGCGUGCAUUGAAUGUAAUAGUAGUUUAUGUGACUGCUACAUAAUGAAAGGCAUUAAAAUACGAGUGUGGGUUUAUGAAACGAAUGAAAUGAGUUUCAUAAUAGUAUCACACGAGUAUUUUAAUGCCUAAUUAUGUACAGUUACAUACACUGCUUUAUCUACACACAUAUUAUAAA